AUGACCGCGCCCUGGUCCCUGGAGUCACCGGCCGUGCGGGUCAGCGGCGCGCCCCCGCCCUCCACGCUGGUGCAGGGCCCCCAGGGGAAGCCGGGCCGCACUGGCAAGCCUGGACCCCCCGGACCCCCCGGGGACCCGGGUCCUCCGGGCCCUGUAGGGCCGCCGGGAGAGAAGGGUGAGCCGGGCAAGACCGGCCCUCCAGGGUUGCCGGGCCCGGGGGGCAGCGGCGCCAUCAGCACCGCCACCUACACCACGGUGCCGCGCGUGGCCUUCUACGCCGGCCUCAAGAACCCUCACGAGGGUUACGAGGUGCUCAAGUUCGACGACGUGGUCACCAACCUAGGCAACAACUACGACGCGACCAGCGGCAAGUUUACGUGCAACAUUCCCGGCACCUACUUUUUCACCUACCAUGUCCUCAUGCGCGGCGGCGACGGCACCAGUAUGUGGGCUGACCUCUGCAAGAACGGCCAGGUGGGCCCGGCGGGGGCACGGGGUUGGCCUUGGGGCAGGGACCUCUAGGAGCCCGGGUCAUAUGGGUACCAGGUUGGAGUCGGAGGGCGCUGGUGAAAACCGUACAGCGGCCCGACUUAAGGCAUCGUAUGCGGGGGACGGUCGAAGAUGGCUGGUACCUCUGACUCCUCAAUUACUGGGCGCCGACUCCAAGGCAGGCGCUGCUGGCCACCCGCGGCGUGGAAAUGCGGGAGAUAAUCGAACUAGUGAGAGCGCAGGGCUCCCGGGCGCGCGGACUGGCCCUUGGGAAGCGGCGUCUGAGAGCUGGGAGCCUGGUUGACACCAGCGGGAGACUAGGGCAGGGCAGGAUGGGAAAAGGUAGCCUUGGCGCCUGCGGGCUCCCAGGUGCAUAGCUAUGCGCACCAGCCGAAAAGGCGAGCUGUAGAUGUUUUGGGCACUAAGGCAAAGGGAGCCUGGCGCAAAGCCUUAGCUGCAAUACAUCUCCGGCCCUUGGGAAGGGACCACUGGAUCGAUCUGACACCCUUUGCAAAACCCGGGACUGAGCGGCCCCUUGGCAUUGUGUAAGAGCUACCAGGGCAAGAAGUUGGCCUGGGUGGGGGGAGUCUUUUCUUCUGAGAGGGGGCAAAGAGGUGAAAACUCCCCUCCUCUUGGUCUCCCAGCUGCAACUCCUGACUCCUGGAGUGGGGGGGAAUCCUCCUCCUUCCUUGUUCCCAUCCCAGAGAUGGGAGCCAGCAGGCAUCAAGCACACAGGGUUUUUGGUACCUGGACCUGCAAUACAUGGUGCUCUUCUUGGGACUGCUGCCCCUGGACCAAUCUCAACCUAACCCUGCCCCAGGGCAACAGUUUUGCCCAACUCCCUUCCCUUUUGAUACACCCUCCCUUCCCAGUGCUUCCGGACUCCAGUGGCUGGGGUCUCUGCGGGUGGUCAGGCCAAGCAUUUUUGUGGAAGAAGGGGACCUGCUCAGGUCAGAACUAAAGCUAGGCUAGUGGGAAUUGGAAAGGAAUCUCCUGCGACAGAGACCCAAGACUCUGCUGGAACCCCUCCCACUACAGCACUGCUCUGAGGAAGACCCUGGCUUGGGGGUAAGAGUCAGCAAAAAGCUGGCUGACCAGGUACUUGUAAGUAGUCCCCCCUCCCCUGACACACACACUUUUCUCUCCCCACUGCCUGCUUCUCUUUCUGGUUUCCACCUCUCCCCUGCCUC